AUGGGCAAUAGAGCAUCCAAUGGAUUCUUCUCAUCAGUGUCCUCCUCAUCAGCAGCAGGUUCUUCAUCAUCGGCUUCAACAUUUGGCUAUGAUUCAUGUCGAGAGGAUGAUUCAGGCAAUCCAGCCAAAUUCCUCAAUGAUGAUGUGCUUAAUAAUUCAAUACAAUCCAUUCGGAGGAAUAACAUGAUGAUUCGACCCUCCAUCAAUAUGCAACAACAACACUCCAUGACAAUGAUGAAUAAUAAUAUUCAUUCAACGUUUGAUAAUUCCUCUUCGAUAACAACGACAUUACCUUCUAGUGAAAACAAGUACAGGAUAUCAUAUUCAUCCUCUCCUCCAAAAUCCAUCCUGAAAACAACUUAUUCUCUUUCCCAACCUUCCUCUCCUUCAUCAAAUUCUCAACAAGAACAACACUUUUCACAGCAUCAUCGGAAAGGACAUGCUCAUCACGAUGGAGCUCUUGAGAAUCAACACAAAUCUCCAACACCACUAGAUAGUAGACCAAUACAUGCCAAUCGAUCCAUGUCCAUCACAUCCGAAGAUGGAUUGGCUUACAUGCUUCCCUUAUCUUCCUCCUCUCCAAAUGCUUCUCGAUCCAUGCAUGGCAAUAAAUCUCCCAAAAACAGAGUACAUCCAAUCAAUGCAUUCCAACAUGAUUCAUCCUCUCAUUCUCUUAAUAGUCAACCAACAAUUUCUGGAGAUGCCCAAAGAGACUCCAUCUUUGAAGAACCAGCUCUUGUGGAUUUAUUAAGGAAGAAUCGAUCGAAUAGUUUACCAUCGAGUUUGUGGUUUGAUAAAGGACAUGUCGAUCCAAAGAAUACCAUCAUCUUACAUUCACCACAAAAGAGAAUGCCACAUAAUAUUGUGAAUAUGGAUCCAGUGGUGGCUAUGGACACACCAAUUGUUUGUUUGACAUUGCCAAAUGAACCACCUGUUCAUGAUCAUUUGCAUGUAAAACGACCAAAGAAGAAUUUGAAAAAGAAAAAGAGAAAAAUAUCGAGAAAGGAUUAA